AUGUGAGGCAGAGAAAGCAAGCGAGCGAAUGUGUGUUGUAUAUGUCUGAGUGUGUGUGUGUUUGUGCGUGUGCUCGCUCUGUUCCUUUCCUUUCUUUGUUUGACUACUGAGUGGGAGAAAAAAAAAGAGAAAGAAGCGAGACAGAAUAUAGAGAGAUAGUGAGAGAGGGUGAGGAAGAGAAAACACAGACAGAGGAGAAGAAGAGGAGGAUCUAAAAGGAGAGUUUAUUUUUUAGACAAGAAGAAAGACAAAGAGGAUUUCUAUUUUGGGGCUGCUUCCUUUUUUUCCUUCUGUUCUAUACUUGCAGAAUAGAAUAGGAAAUAUAUUUAUAUAAAUGCAAAAACAACAACAACAGUGCUGCAUGCUUUUGACAACAGUGUCAUAUUCAGUGAGUGUUUUGUGUGCUGGCUCAGUGCGCGUGUGUGCUGAGGAGGUGGGGGGAGGCAGCUUGUGCAGUUUAAAGGGAAAAUACAAGGCACACACAAAGCUGGGAGCGCAGGCAAGGCAGCAGGAAAGGCAAAAGGAAAGGGAAGCUAGUGGGAAUCUGCUGAGCUGGCUCCCACCAACAAGCCUCUUUUUGGAUUUUACUCCAGCGAAGCCGGCUCCGUGUCUCCCCGUGCGCUCAGCCUGAUCCUGGCUACGGAGGUCGGAGAUAUCAUGGUGGCUCCUGGCUGCUGAAAGAGGAGGACUAGUUCACCCAUGAUCAUCAGGAUUGAGGAGACCCCAGAGAGAUGAUUGGCAGCUGAAGCUGAGACUUAACACAACUGUGAAUCAAUAACUUGGUGCUACUCUAAAAGCCAGUCGGCUUUUAGGUUCUUGGUGCUGAAGACAGAAGAGUCAGAAACAGACAUUCUUAGUGUUGGAGUGAGGCCCUCUCUGUGCUGCAGUGGAGGGCUUCACAGAUACAGCUAGUCUGGCUGGAUGCAUCACGCAGUAGAGCAGUUUGGCGGGCGAAGCACACGGGAUUCCUUCCCUCUGGACGGACUCAACCGGGGGCCAUGGCCUCCCGUGGGCGGCCGCGCCUGGCAGCCACCUGCCAGGUGUUCACCUGCAAUGAAUCAACACCAGCUACUUCCCCAUCUACCUCCUGGAGCUAUGGGUGGAUUGAACCAUCACAGUAAAUAUUUAAGUAAUGGGCCCAUGCGAGGUGAAAAGCUUGAGCUCCCACAGGCCAUGUUACCAGGUAUGCAGCGGGAGCAGCAGAGACCUCCUCACCAUCUUCAUCCCCCACCUCCCCACAGAGCCUGGGAGCAACUAGGUCAGCUGUAUGAAUCACACCUCCCUCCUCAAGGACACCCUAUUGUGCCCCUGCCCAACGAGCUCUCACUCCGUCUCCAUAACGGAGGCUAUGCAGGCAGCAGCGGGCCUCCCCCCAACCCGCAUCUCCCCCCCAGCAGGCCAAACCAGCUGCUGAAGUUUGGGGGUCCUCAGGAGCAGCACGUUCCCAGGGGUCCACCAUUGCUGGGAGAUGAAAUGUGGGCUCAGGUGCACCAGCAGAGGGUCUACCCAGGGAAGAUGCUCGGGGGUCAGUUGAAGAGACCAGGACCUCCACUGGGAGAGCACUCUGUUAUCCAACACACUCCUCCUCCAUUACUGCACCCACCUUCACACACGGCUGCAGAGGACUGCCCCAGCCCCAGCAAGAGGAAAAAGAGCUCGGAUCAGGUAUCCCACCCAGGGCUGCAGCGUUUCUCCGGUGCUGGCCAGUCUUUGUUGUCUCAGCCGCAAUCAUCAGUUCACCACCUCCCUCCCAAACCUGCCUUCUGGAACCCCCUUCACAAGGACAACAACGUUCCCUGGCAGCCGCAGACCUCUGACCGCAAGAACACACAAUCGCAGGAGUUCCAGGAAAACAGCAAACAAGGAAUAGGCAGCUACACCCAAAAGUCCUCUCCUGCCACUUCCACUCCCUCCAACCUCUCCCCUCCAUUAAACUCCUCUCCGGGACACUACAACCAGAGAUGUGCCCCUCAGCUCCAGAAAGACACGUCACCACCUCAGGCUGUAAACCAUCAGUCCCCUCACUCCUGCUACCCCAGUCCCAGCUCCAAACUGGAGCUAGCCCCGCCCUGCCAGGCUGUGGAGUCUCGUGGACUUCACAACCAGAGAGGCCCUCAUAUUGGGGGCCAAGGUGGCAGCCACGCUACCUCUCAUUCAGCAUCUACUCCAACCAGGGGAGACAGAGAUCAUCAUCUUCAUGCCCAGUCGUCACCAGCAAACGCUUCUGCAACCAGCAGCAGCAACAACAACAACAGCAGCAGCAGCAGCAGUGUGCCUUACAGCCACUUCCAGCCUCAUCCUGGGCUGGGGCACCAGGGUCGUCCUCCCCCUCCUCCUCCUCCUCCUGCCAGCAGCACCUCAGUACCUCAGCAACAGCCAAGUGGUCCCCAUGAGGUCUGGAGAUACCAGAACAGGCCCAGCAGUCACUCCCUGGAGUCGGCCAUCUACAGGCCCCCAGGUCUGCUACCUCAGCGCCAGCAGAGUCACAAUCAGGUCAUGGAUACUCGGCCUCCAGGUCCCUCCCAGCAUCACCACCACGUCAGCCCUCCUCUGCCUCCAACCAACUCCACUCGCACACCCGUCAUCACAUCCAAUCCUCCCAUGUCCCAGGCCUCCUGCUCCGUCGGCCGCUAUAGCAACAGCAACAGCAACAGCUCUCGUGCUGUUACCAUGGCCGGUGUCUCCACGGUGACCACAUCCCCCCCUGCUGGCAGCUCUGUGAACAAUGGCAGCCGUAACAACAGCUGGCAAAGAGGAAGAGAGCCAGCACCCCAAAACUCCACCAGCGCUGUCAUUACCCCCAAACCUCAGCUGGACGCUCUGCUGCACCCUGGCUGUCAGAGAGGACAAGCUCCCACUGCCAGCCAGUCGCACCAGCAGGGGCUGCACAGACCUCAACAACAGGGACCCAUUAAGUCGCAGCCUACGAAGGGGAAGACUCCAUACUAUGCUAAAGCUGAACUGGAACAACGUCCUCCAUUUUCCUCAUCUUCCUCUUUGUUCUCCUCAGGGUACCAGAGGGCAGGGGACAGUGUCAUUACAAGCAGAGUUUCAAAUCCACUUCCUAAAUCUCCUAUUACAUACUGCCCACCUCCUCACUCCACAGCUCCUCCACCAUCCAGUCCAGCCCUCUCCUCCAGACUGGGUCGUCAGCCAGAGUCUGCCUUGACAAAAAUGUUCUCUCACCCCCAGAUCCAUCCACCAGCUCCAGCCUCUGUCCCUCAGUCCAUUGAAGAGGCUCUCGACAAGCUGGAUGCUGAGCUGGAAGGACACAUGCAAGCUGAGGAAAGGAGGAAGAGGGACAGAGAGGAGCAGGAGAGAAAAAUAAGAGAAGAGGAGAGACUAAAGAAAGAAUGGGAAAUACGACAAAAAUCUGAUGAGGAGAGGAAGAGGAAGGAGAUGGAAAGGAGAGACGAGGAGAGGAAAAAGCGAGAAGUGGAAAGACAGGAGGAGGAGAGGAGGAGGAGAGAAUGGGAGAAACGAGAGCAGGAGAGGAAGAGGAAGCAAGAAGAGGAGAGGAAGAGAAGAGAAGUGGAGAGACUGGAGAAAGAGAGGAAAAAGAGAGAAUGGGAGAAGCAAGAAGAGGAGAGGAAUAAGAGAGAAUGGGAGAAGAAGGAGCGUGAAAAAAAGAGGAGAGAGUUUGCGAGGCAAGAGGAGGAAGAGAGGAGGAGGAGGGAGGCAGAGAGGCAGCAGGAGGAAAGAAAGAAGAGAGAGAGGGAGGAGGAAGAGAAGAGAAAACAAGCAGAGUUGGAAAGGAAAGAGGAGGAGAGAAAAAGGAUGGAGAGAAAGAGAGAGGACAAACUUUGCAAUGCAAAAGGAAAGGAGCAGACUGCUAUUGAAAAUCUGGAGAGACUGCUCUCUGGUACCACCUCCCCAGCACCUCCACCGCCUCCCCUCUCUGCUGUUACUGCACCUCCUGCUUCUUCUUCAGGUCCUCCACCUCCCAGCUCCCAGUCGUCUCCCCCCUACCCCUGGCUAAGCCGUGGUGGGGUGCCCCCCUGUCCACCAGGCCAGACACCCACCAACACUACUCCUGUAGAAAGGCUGCGGCCGCCUCCUCUAACACCUCAGACUGAGUAUGCCAGGGAGAAGCAGAGGCAGAGGGAGAUGUGGAGCAACAAUGGCGGAACGACAUUCAGUCCCUUAUCAACACACAAUACCUCAGGGAUGAACCAGCCGGUGUACCCCAACAAGCCCCCGGCAAUGCAAGCAGCGCCCAACCAAUCCAAAGAAGCAGCCAGGGAGAGAGACAGCAGCCAGCACUCUCUCCCCACCUUGGCACUCAGAGAGCCCCCCAAACUGUAUCAGGCCUUUUCUAGAGAAAACCUCCCACCACCUCCUUUAUCCUCCAGCUCCAGCAGGGGAAUCCUCAGCAAACAGGCAGCAGAAAGUGGUCUGCAGAACGCCAGCAGCUGCAGCACUGACUCUGACAGCGCUCAGUUUGAGGAGGAGCCCUCCGAGUUGUCCACACUGCUCCCCGACGGUUUGGCGAACAUUAUGGCAAUGCUGGAUGAAUCUAUCAAAAACGAAGAGGAGAUGUAUAACAGUGAAAAGACUGGAUCUGCAGGUCUGCUUGACAAAUUUUCUCCUAGUGCUGAGCCUGUCAAGAGCUACCUGUGUGCCCCAGACCUAAUCCCAGCCACGAAGCAUCAGCCCAACCAGGAAGACUUUGGAUCCAACGCGAGCCCUCCUGUGCUCAGCCGCCAAGGCUCGCUGGCUUCCCCUUGCAGCCGAACGUCGUCUCUCAAUGAGGAGGAUGAGGACUACCUUAAACCUCAAAUGAACCGUAAGCAGUCCGUGGACAUGGGAAUGCCAAUAGGUAACACCAAUUACCGCCACAGUGACCUGGCUAAACUUUAUGGCCUCCCUGAGCAGACUAAAAGCGAGGCAGACGAGGACGACGAUGAAGAGGAUUCUGAGACCCCAUCUUGUUCUCCGCCACCCCAAAGACCUCACCUCCAUCAAACAGGUGUUAACAGCAUGUUCAAGUCCUUAGCAACAGUCCUAGAGAGCCAGAAGUAUGCCUACCGUGGUGGGCCUUUUGGGAGACCCCCUCCGUCAGCUCUGGUUGGGGUCAAAUACUCCUCUUCCCUGUCACUGGGCCCUGAUAUCUGUCGUCAGCAGCAAGGCAGUUCACCCACAUCAGAUUCCACUAACCCACCAUUCAGUCCUGCUGUCCCACCACUGAAGUCCUCUCCUCGUUCUCUACUAGAAGACAAGAAACUGAAAAUAGAGGACAAUGAUGCCUGGACAGAUGAAGGGGAAACAGAGGAAAGGAUAAACUCUACUAAAAAGAGGAGUAUUCCUACCAUAAAGCCUAUCAAGGUGAUCAAGGAGGAACAAGAGUUGACAACCAUCUCUGAGUCUUCUCUGGCAGAGUUGGGAAAGAGCUGCGAGGUCAUGCUUAGUCGACAGUCACUUCCUAACAAGAACUCCUUUGAUAAACCUGACGGCCACAGUAAACUAGAAGACAGACACAAACCUGAGAAGGUAAAGGAGCACAGAGAUAAAGAUAGAAGCCGAGACAGAGAGAGGGAGAAAGAGAAGAAGAGAAAGCACGGCCACAGCAGCAGCAGGAAGCAUGAAGACAGAAAGGAAAAGAAGAAGCAUCGAGAAAAGAGGGACGAGAUGGUCUUUUCUUCUUCAUCAUCAUCGUCAUCAUCCACCCAUUCUAGUUCCAGCCACAAGAGACACAAGGACGGAAAGAGCCAUAAGGAGAAGAAAGAUCGCAGAAUUCUUGGUGAUCUCAAUCUACAGAGGAAAGAAGGGUCGGAAAAGAAUUGGAGUCAUUACGACACGGACAAGAAGAAACGCAAGGAGGCGUCCGGUGCCAGCUCCACCAGUGAAGGGGAACACGCAGAAUGGUCCUCCAGCUCAGGAGAAAGAUCAUCAGAGCACAAAAAAGCUGCUGAGUCGGGUUCAUUAGGCUCCACUGACUUCUUGAAAUUGAAGGCGCUGUCUGACGGGCCACCGAAGGAGCUGAAGAUUCGUCUAAUCAAAGUGGAGAGCGGAGAUAGGGAGACAUUCAUCGCCUCAGAGGUGGAGGAAAAGAGGAUUCCACUGGAGGAAAUCAGCAUCAAGAACACAGCAAGCGAAAUUAUCCGCUCCUGCAAGGGAGCAAGAAUCAAAGGGAAAUUAAGAGAAUCUUACUUGCUGCCAGCAUUCUCCGUAAAACCCAUCAUAACUACAGAGGAACCCAUUCCUAGAGAGAAGCUCAACCCCCCUACACCCAGCAUCUACUUGGAGAGUAAGAGGGACGCGUUCUCCCCCGUGCUGCUGCAGUUCUGUACAGACCCCAAAAAUCCUGUUACUGUCAUCAGAGGAUUAGCUGGAUCUCUACGACUCAACCUUGGGCUGUUUUCCACUAAGUCCCUGGUGGAGGCCAAUGCAGAGCAGGCGGUGGAGGUGAGGACUCAGGUGCAGCAGCCUGCUGAUGAGAACUGGGACCCCAGUGGCACCGGUCAGACGUGGCCCUGUGAGAGCAGCCGCUCCCACACCACCAUCGCCAAGUACGCCCAGUACCAGGCCUCCAGCUUCCAAGAGAGUCUGCAGGAGGAGAAAGGCAGUGAUGAGGAGGACGAUGAAGACGAUGAGAAGGAGAAGAAGCCACCCAACAGCUCUGAUACUCCCAACAAGGACAGCUCUAAAGAAAGUAGCAAUGGUGAGCAGAAACCAGUUGGGAAGAUCAUCAAGUUUGGCACCAAUAUUGACCUCUCCGAUCCCAAGAGGUGGAAACCUCAGCUUCAGGAGCUGCAGAAGCUUCCAGCAUUUAUGCGCGUAGCAUCCAGUGGAAACAUGCUGAGCCAUGUUGGGCACACCAUCUUAGGCAUGAACACUGUCCAGCUGUACAUGAAGGUUCCAGGGAGCCGAACACCUGGUCACCAAGAGAACAACAACUUCUGCUCAGUGAACAUUAACAUCGGCCCUGGAGACUGUGAAUGGUUUUCAGUCCAUGAGAACUACUGGCAGGCCAUCAAUGACUUCUGUGAAAAGCAUGGAGUGGACUACCUGACGGGGUCCUGGUGGCCGGUGUUGGAGGACCUCUACAACGCCAACAUCCCGGUGUACCGCUUCAUCCAGCGACCUGGAGACUUGGUGUGGAUCAACGCUGGUACCGUUCACUGGGUUCAGGCUGUGGGCUGGUGCAACAAUAUUGCCUGGAAUGUUGGACCUCUCAAUGGUUACCAGUAUCAGCUGGCCCUGGAGAGGUUUGAGUGGAACGAAGUGAAGAAGGUCAAGUCCAUCGUCCCCAUGAUUCAUGUGUCGUGGAACGUGGCCCGCACUCUCAAGAUCACUGACCCAGACACCUACAAGAUGAUCAAACACUGCCUGCUGCAGUCCAUGAAGCACAUCCAGAUCCUGCGGGACCAACUGGUGGCUGAUGGCAAGAAGAUUUCCUACCAGAGUCGGGUGAAAGAUGAGCCUGCCUACUACUGCAACGAGUGUGAUGUGGAGGUGUUCAAUUUGUUGUUCGUGACAAGUGAGAACAGCAGCAGGAAGACGUAUGUGGUUCACUGUGAGGACUGCGCUCGACAGCGUAGCCCCAACCUGACCAACGUAGUGGUGCUGGAGCAGUACCGCAUCGAGGAGCUCAUGAACGCAUACGAUUCCUUUAACCUGGCAACGUCCUCCCGGUGACAGAGCUCCCCGCCUGUGUCUCCUCAGCCAUAACCAAAACUCCUGCAAGCCAGGACAAAAGACAGUUUCACUUUGGUUUUCAACUUACCUUUUUAUUAUUUACCAUCAUUUAUGCUACUACUACUGCUACUACUUGCCGAACAGCCAGUUGAAUACGUUUACUCAUUAUUACUGUUUACAAAAAGAAAUACCAAGCCGCCAAUAAAAUACCAGUUUACUCUCAGAUGGUGCUUUCAACCAGAAACCCUGGUUACAGAGAACCGGAGGCAGUCGGUGCUGCCAUUGAACAAACUGUGGAGGGUUUUCGAUGGCUUCAAUGGCGUGUUUCUGUCAGUACCAGAAAGAACUUUUCUGUUGUUGUCUUGAAUACUGAAAUUUGUACAUGCUGUUUGAAAUUUUUGUGGGGUGCUGUCUUUUUUAAAAUAAUUUAUUGUUUUGUUUUUUCUAAACUAGAUCAGCCUAGAUAUAUACCACAUUGGCCUUGUAUUUAGAAAAGAGAGAAAAUGAAAAAUACUAAUAAUAGAGAUAUGAACAUUUUUCUAAAGCAUUAAGAAUUUUAAAAAAAUACAUUUGUUUGGAAUGCUUCAAAAGAUACGGGUUUUAGUGACUUUGGUUGUUUUUUGGGGGGGGUUCAUUUUUGCUUUUCAGAAUCUUGUAUGUGUUGUAAAUCUUGUUUUUAUGAAUUAUACUUUUAUUCCCUCUGGAGAUUAAUAUUGAGUUGUCACACGUCAUCAGGUCUUUUUGUUCAUUUCUCCCAUUUCGAUAUGAACUAUCUCUUGAAAAAAAAAGAAAAAACUCAUUGUCAUCUGGUGUGUGUGUUGUACCUCUGAUUGUUUGUUCCAAUAUGCAGACUUAGUAUUUCCUAGAUAUUUUUUUUCCCGCAUUGUACAUUUAAUUUAAAAUGUUUCAUCUAUUUAUUGGAUAUCAAUGUUCUCCCUUUUUUAAUAGGGUUGUACAAUUUUUCUUUUUUUUUUCCUUUAUUUUUUAUGGUGACCGAUUGCUCUGUAAGAACUGAAAUGUGGAGGUUGUAUGUCUGCAGGAGUGGAGGCUGCUGUUCCUCUGGUGCUUGCCUCUCGACUCUUGCCUUUUCUCCUGAUAUAUAUUAAAUUAUAUCUUUAUCUUGAAUAUAACACCACCUUUCCUGUAGACAAUAGGCACACUGCUCACGUAGAGAAAAUGACUAAUGGAAUGCUGUGUUUGUAUGCUCAUUAAGGAAAAAAAACUUUUGCGAAAGGGUUUUGAGAAAUGAUAAUUUUUUUUUACUAUGUAGGGGACUUUUAGAUGAGAUUUUAAUGAUUUUAUGAUAUCUGUUGAAUAUGAUAAUGGGAUAGAUGGUGCUAAAUGUUCUCUUUGAACAACUUUUUGUUUUUGUCUUCUUAAAAUGAGAAUUCUAUUUUUCCUGUUGCAAUAUUACCUUACACUUUUCCUUCUCUUUGUGGUCAUUUAUUUAUAACUGCACUGUUUAGAGAAUUCACAGACAUACUUGCAGACACACACACCAAACUGAGCCAGACAUGUCUUAAACACUUGUGAAUUUGUGUGACAUUACUAUGACUAUUAAUAAACGCUUUUUGAUAAAUCCAGAA